GGCGAUGCGGGGCCCCGGCGCGGCCGCGUCACGCUCGCCCCUAGGCCUAUGCGCCCUAGUGCUGGCGCUGCUGGGCGCGCUGCCGGCGGGCGCUGGGGCGCAGUCGUACCACGGCGAGAAGGGCAUCUCCGUGCCAGACCACGGCUUCUGCCAGCCCAUCUCCAUUCCGCUGUGCACGGACAUCGCCUACAACCAGACCAUCCUGCCCAAUCUGCUGGGCCACACGAACCAAGAAGACGCGGGCCUCGAAGUACACCAGUUCUACCCACUGGUGAAGGUGCAGUGUUCGCCCGAGCUGCGCUUCUUCCUGUGCUCCAUGUACGCGCCCGUGUGCACGGUCCUCGAGCAGGCCAUACCGCCGUGCCGUUCUCUGUGUGAACGCGCCCGCCAGGGCUGCGAGGCUCUCAUGAAUAAGUUCGGCUUCCAGUGGCCUGAGCGGCUGCGUUGUGAGAACUUUCCGGUACACGGCGCGGGUGAGAUCUGCGUGGGCCAGAACACGUCGGACGGCUCCGGGGGCCCUGGUGGUGGUCCCACUGCCUACCCCACGGCGCCCUACCUGCCCGACCUGCCCUUCACCGCGCUGCCCCCAGGGGCCGCCGACGGCAGGGGCCGCUCCGCCUUCCCCUUCGCGUGCCCUCGACAGCUCAAAGUGCCCCCCUAUUUGGGCUACCGCUUCUUAGGCGAGCGCGACUGCGGCGCCCCGUGCGAGCCGGGCCGCGCCAACGGCCUCAUGUACUUCAAGGAGGAGGAGAGGCGCUUCGCCCGCCUCUGGGUGGGCGUGUGGUCGGUGCUGUGCUGUGCGUCGACCCUCUUCACCGUGCUUACCUACCUGGUGGACAUGCGGCGCUUCAGCUACCCUGAGCGGCCCAUCAUCUUCCUGUCGGGCUGCUACUUCAUGGUGGCCUUGGCGCACGUGGCCGGUUUCCUGCUGGAGGACCGCGCAGUGUGCGUGGAGCGCUUCUCGGACGACGGCUACCGCACGGUGGCGCAGGGCACUAAGAAGGAAGGCUGCACCAUCCUCUUCAUGGUGCUCUACUUCUUCGGCAUGGCCAGCUCCAUCUGGUGGGUCAUCCUGUCGCUCACCUGGUUCCUGGCGGCCGGAAUGAAGUGGGGUCACGAGGCCAUCGAGGCCAACUCGCAAUACUUCCACCUGGCCGCGUGGGCCGUGCCCGCCGUCAAGACCAUCACCAUCCUGGCCAUGGGCCAGGUGGACGGGGACCUGCUCAGCGGGGUGUGCUACGUGGGCCUGUCGAGCGUUGAUGCGUUGCGGGGCUUCGUGCUGGCGCCCCUGUUUGUCUACCUCUUCAUCGGCACGUCCUUCCUGCUGGCCGGCUUCGUGUCUCUCUUCCGCAUCCGCACCAUCAUGAAGCACGACGGCACCAAGACGGAGAAGCUGGAGAAGCUCAUGGUGCGCAUCGGCGUCUUCAGCGUGCUUUACACGGUGCCCGCCACCAUCGUACUGGCCUGCUACUUCUACGAGCAGACUUUUCGGGAGCACUGGGAGCGUACCUGGCUCCUACAGACCUGCAAGAGCUACGCCGUGCCCUGCCCGCCUGGCCAUUUCCCGCCCAUGAGCCCCGACUUCACCGUUUUCAUGAUCAAGUAUCUGAUGACCAUGAUCGUGGGCAUCACCACCGGCUUCUGGAUCUGGUCGGGCAAGACCCUGCAGUCGUGGCGCCGCUUCUACCAUAGACUCAGCCACAGCAGUAAGGGGGAAACUGCGGUAUGA